GUUGGGAGGGUGGGGCUCGGGUUAGCUCGGCCGCCACCUCCCCCGGGCAGCGGACGGCGUCCGGUGAGAGAAACGUGGGUGACUCCGCGCUGUUUCCAAGAGGAGGAGGCGUCGCGGGAGGGUUCACGUUUUUAAAAAAUGGUUAAAUCAGCUCCGCCUUUCUCCCACACCUCCAUAAUUCUCCCACACCUCUACUUCUCUGGAUCCAGCUCUGGAGUGUUUCUGCUGUUGGAAGAUGGGGAAGAAGAGCAGAGUGAAAACUCAGAAGUCAGGUACAGGAGCUACAGCAACAGUUUCUCCAAAAGAAAUGUUGAACAUAAUUAGUGAAUUAUUACAGAAAUGCAGCAGCCCAACCCCUGGUCCUGGAAAGGAAUGGGAAGAAUAUGUGCAGAUUCGAGCUCUUGUUGAGAAAAUCCGCAAAAAACAAAAAGGUUUGUCUGUUACCUUUGAUGGAAAAAGAGAAGACUAUUUUCCUGAACUAAUGAAAUGGGCCACUGAAAAUGGAGCAUCCACAGAGGGUUUCGAAUUAGCAAAUUUUGAAGAAGAGGGCUUUGGUUUGAAAGCAACAAGGGAGAUAAAGGCAGAAGAGUUGUUUCUUUGGGUUCCUAGAAAGUUGCUGAUGACAGUUGAAUCAGCUAAAAAUUCAGUGUUGGGGUCCUUGUAUUCUCAAGACCGAAUUCUCCAGGCCAUGGGCAAUAUCACAUUGGCAUUCCAUCUUCUUUGUGAACGAGCCAAUCCUAACUCUUUCUGGCUGCCAUACAUCCAAACUCUCCCCAGUGAAUAUGAUACCCCUCUAUAUUUUGAAGAAGAUGAAGUGCAGUAUCUUCAGUCAACUCAGGCCAUACAUGAUGUCUUCAGCCAAUAUAAAAAUACAGCUAGACAGUAUGCCUAUUUCUACAAAGUCAUUCAGACACAUCCUAAUGCCAGCAAACUGCCCUUAAAGGAUUCUUUCACUUAUGAUGACUACAGGUGGGCAGUUUCCUCCGUUAUGACACGACAAAACCAGAUUCCAACUGAAGAUGGUUCCCGAGUUACCUUGGCUCUGAUUCCUUUAUGGGACAUGUGUAAUCACAUCAAUGGUCUGAUCACUACUGGCUACAAUUUAGAAGAUGACCGUUGUGAGUGUGUAGCGCUUCAGGAUUUUAAGGCUGGAGAACAGAUUUACAUUUUUUAUGGCACUCGGUCGAAUGCUGAAUUUGUGAUCCACAGUGGUUUUUUCUUUGAUAAUAAUUCACAUGACAGAGUGAAAAUAAAGCUUGGAGUGAGUAAAAGUGACAGGCUGUAUGCUAUGAAGGCAGAGGUCUUAGCUCGUGCCGGCAUUCCAACCUCCAGUGUUUUUGCCUUGCACUCCACUGAGCCUCCAAUCUCUGCUCAGCUUCUGGCUUUCCUUCGAGUGUUUUGUAUGAGUGAAGAAGAGCUGAAAGAACACUUAAUAGGAGAGCAUGCUAUUGACAAAAUCUUCACUCUGGGCAACUCUGAGUUUCCAGUUAGCUGGGACAAUGAGGUUAAACUUUGGACGUUCCUUGAAGCCAGAGCAUCCCUUCUUUUGAAAACCUAUAAAACUACUGUGGAGGAUGAUAAAUCCUUCUUGGAGACCCAUGACCUUACCUUCCAUGCGACAAUGGCUAUCAAAUUGCGUUUAGGUGAAAAAGAGAUUUUGGAGAAAGCAGUGAAGAGUGCAGCUGCUAACAGAGAGUACUAUAGUAGACAAAUGGCAGAAGGAGCCCUACUUCCUAAAUAUGAAGAGAGCAAUAUUGCCUUGCUAGAGAACACUGUGGCAGACUCUAGACUCCCAAUUGUCUUGAGAAACCUAGAGGAAGAAGCAGAGGAACAAGGGGACUUAAAGAUUGAUGAAACUAUUGAUGCAGGAGUCACAGAGAAUGGGUUUGUAAAUGGUGAAAAAACUCUACUUAAUGGGACCAAAUCAGAAAAUGAAAAUCUAAAUCAAGAGGAAAGCAACAAAGACACUGAAGAUGCCAAAGAAUCUUCUUCAGACAGUACUGAUGAGGUUAAAGAAUAGUCAAAAAAUAAAGUUUGACUUCAUUGUGAAAUUAAAAUUAGCAGAAGUUUAUGAACAGUGCAUUUACAUUGGUGUGUUUCUUUGUUAAAAUUUCUCUUUCUGCAGAGGAAAAUGUUUUUGCUGCUUUAUAUAAAGAUGAUUUUUUAAGUUAUUUAAAAAUUUUAUCAUCCCUUUUCAAUUAAGAUUGCCAUCUUGCUUUCAGGAAAAAACUGGGGAAAAAGGUGCCUUUGCAAGAUUUUGCAGACCUUUGUGGGACAAAUGUAUUUUCUUCUUUGGAAAGAAUUAAGCUCUGCUAUCUGCUGUGCUUUUGUUGUUCUGUCACUCUUGACUACUGAAAUUAAAAUUUUGCUCUGCCUCCUGCCAAGAAAAGCAGAAGGCAGGACUGACUUGGUAUUCAGCAUAAAAGUAGGAGAGCAGUACAGCAGAAAACUGAAUAAGAGGAUCAGAAACUUGGGAGACUGGAGGAAAACCUGUUUAAAACCAGGUACACCAGUCCAAAAAAGGUAAGGUGGCAACCUUAUUUUCAAUAGUUUUAAAUGUUGAUGAGAAUCCUAAUUAUAUACACUUACAGUGAUUUUGAAGGAUUUCAGUUUGCUUUUGUUUUGUUUACUGUAUAAAAACAUUUCAUCUUUCUCCUUGAAUCAAAGUUAGGCUAUUGUAGUACAUCAUCCACCUAAUUUUAAAGGCUGACUUUUAUUUUAAAAUGGUACCUUCUUAUUUAAAUGUUGGCAAGGUAAUGGAGAGUUUGAAAGCAGAUAGGCCAAGCCACAGCUUUAAACUGUGUGGUUCAAAGUGAGGUAGCUUCCUAGCUUCUUCACAUUUUCACAAUUAGCUAGAGAUUUUCAAAGCUACACUUUUGGCUAAAACCAUUAUUAAAACGAAAACAUGAGUAAUACUCCUGUCUUCUACUUUUUCAUUUUUAUGUAGUAUUGGAUGUAACACUGAAUAUGACAGCUAUUUACCAAUCUUAUUUAAACUUCAUCUAUUGGCUAAAAUAUAUUUGAUUCUGUUUUCCUGAAAGAAAAGGUAAGCAGGAGUAUUUUUGGUUUGGGGAAGACCAAAAUCAACCCUGGUGCAUACUUUACCAUUUAAAUUGUGUUGUGGUUGAUGCACAUUGGGUUACAUCCACAAUGCUAGCUAUGUCUGCUAUCCAGCAGUAUUGGUCACCCCUCUCCUAUACAUUGUGAAUUCUGUCUGAAAGCAAUUGCAGCUCAGUGCAAUAAUGAAGUGAGGAUAGUGUCAAAGCUUUUCGUUGCUAUUUCCCAGUUUAGGAGAAGUGAAUAAUAAACAGUUUAAUUCUGAGCUCAAUUUUAAGGACUUUUCCUUUUAGCAUAUUUUAUCUUGAAAAGUUCAAAAUAAUAGAAAGAUUGGGCAAGCUUGGAUGACUGCUUAAAUUUUAAUGAAUGUAGCAACGUGUUUAUCCAAGAUUGGUUGCAUUAAAAUGCCUUUUGACAUUUACAGUCUUUUAUUUUAGAUUUUUGCUUCUCUUUUACAUUACAACUUGAAAAAUGUGCUUUUGCAUUAAUCGUUGGUGCAAUACACAUGUCAAAAAGUGACUUUCAUAUUGCCAUAGUAACUUUGGAAUCCAAUGAGAUGUAAAAAAAAAAAAUGUUAAAUAGUUUUUUCUAAAUAUUUCACUGAGAAUGGCAUGUUGCCAUUACACUGGGGAUAUUGUUUCCCCACUAAGUAACUAGAGGCUGGACCGAUAUUUUUGUAACUAAAAUGCUGCUUGUAGGUAGAACAGCAUGCAUUGUCAUCCUGAGAAUUUAAAUGUCAUACAAAAGUCACAAUUCUUCAGCUUUUAUUAGAAACAAUACUCUUUCUUUCCUGCUUCUGCCAAUUUCAUUGCACAUAUAUCGUAGAAGGCGAUAUGAAAUUCUGAAACUAGCUCUCCCUAAACAUUUUCACUGUAAUCCAAAAUCUAAAUGAUUUGGUUCAAUCUGAUGCACUGUAUUUUGUUCCAAUAUUUGCUGUUAACUAUGGCUUAGCAAAACUUGUGGUGACCACAGGCAGGAGGAAUGUGUGGGUUUUCUUGAAUAAAGCAUAGUUCUACAAUGUCUUUGCUAGUAAGCGUAUUACACAAACAAAAAAUACCUAACCCUACCUAAAAUUUACAUGGAGGGAAACUUACUACAUUUCAGUACUCCACAGAGGGCACUAGUCAAAUCAAGAGUGAUCAUGCUAAGAAGUGUGGUAAACGUUGAUCUAUUAAGCAGUCUCAUUUUUCUAUUUUUGAUCUAUUUGUGUUGGAUACAAUAAUAUGGCAGAAUAGUCUAAUCUUGUAGUUUACAUUUCUACUCAUUAGAUGUAACUGAUGCCUCAAAGAAAUAUUAAUCUAAAAUCUUCCCUCCCCCUUCAAUUUUCAAAUGCUUAAGGGAUAAUUAUUUUGGCACUGAUAAGUCCUUAUAGCCAUCUGUCAUGAAAACAGACCCUUCAAAAGCAUUUUAAAGUUAACUUUCUUAAUGUUUUGGUUAUGUGGCUGUUCACACUAAUCCUAGGAUAAAUGCCAAAUAUUGCUUCUGUUUAGUUAGCUAUAUGUAGUAGUCUUGUAAGUGGAAAACAGUCUGAGAAAUCUGACUGAUGUCUAAGAAAUAAAUAAGAAUAUUUCCUUUGAAUUCUGCAUGAAAACCUAUCUGUUGAGGGUCGUUUCCCUAACAACCUGUAACUUGUACAAACUUAUUUGGCUUUGUACAGUAUGUCCAUGUCUUUACUACAGGUGAGACUUAAGCUAAAAUUACAGGCUAAACUAAGGAUACAAGUAGUGUUUUAGGAACUGGGCUAAAGUUAAAUGCUUUCUCUCUGUACAUUUCUUAAAUGGUCACUCGUACAGAAAAUAUACUUAACCUCAGCAUGUUUAAAGUAGCUUAGCCCUUAGCGAGGAAUGAUCAUAGAGCUGCAACUGAGAUACUUAAGGCACACUGUCAUGUUGUACAAAUAAAUCUAGCUCUAAUGUAUUUAGCCUACUCUUUUUCUCAUAGAUUGCUUUGCCAAAUAGCACUGUUCAGGCAAAAUAUUGUUCACCCAGAUGCUUCUAAAAUAGCAAACAGUCCAGCCUUUUAUAGUUUUUUCUUUUCUUUUUUUUUUUAGCUGAUAUUACCCUAAUGUUGAUUUCAAAUAUGGGCAUACAGGUUUCAGGUAUUGACCCUAUAAAGAAACAGCUGAUAGUUUCUAAUAAGUAGUGUACAUUUCUAUGUUGUUCUGCUGUGAGUAGACCCCUUUCAGUAGAGCAUGGAAGCAAUGUGGAUUCAUGGAUAGUAAAGGUCCCUCAAUAGUCUGCUGCUGCCUCCAUCACCUUGGAGGCCAUGUUCAGGAAUUUCACAAGCCAAGAAGCGAAACAAAUUUGAGAAACUGAAUGACUGUGGGGGGGAAAAAAACAAUAAAGACUCCCAGUUUUUCUCUAGAGCCGGUGUCUUCUGUGGGGCUUUUGAAUUAGAAAGACUUCCUGAUUGUUGUAGGGCUCCUGUAGAAGGACUGAGGAACUCAAACCUUAAUUGAAAGUGAAUUUUUACAUGCGUUGGUAAAACUAUUGUUUAAAGAGAAACAGCUUGAAAGAAGACAUGCCUUCUUGCUACCAAAAAAGUGCCAUAUCCAUGAUACAAGGGAUAUGUCACAGUCUGAGUGGGUGUUUUUAAUAACCUGUUGCUCAUUAGUACAUGCAGGGUAUAUUUAAGUUUUGAGAUGCUACAGUGAUGAGACCAUAUAGGUAUCUGGAUCAUUUGUAAAUAUUUUUGAAAACUUAAAUAGGCUCUUACAGUUUGGUUAACAAACAUAUAUUUGGCAUGUACAUGGCACACUGAAUCCCAGUGGAAUGUAACUCCUGUCUUACGGUAUGUCUACACUUAAACUGCUAUAGCCUAGACAAGACCAUGCCCAUGGGAGGGGUUCUGUUUCUGUCCACCUCCCCAAGAAACAGUAGGUAGGUCAAUGAAAGAAUCAUUACAUUGACCUACUGCUGUUUACACUGGGAGUUAGGUCAGCAUAGCUGUCUCUCUCGGGAGGGGGUGGAUUUUUCACACCCCUGAGAAACACAGCUAUGCUGAUGUAAAUUCCCAGUUUAGACCAGCCUUUAGAUGCACUAACUCACCUGACACUGCCCCUUCACUCUUCCCUUCGCCCUCCUCCUCCUCCUUCCCCCCGAUAUGUACUUGUUGGGCGGUCUGCGCUGAAGCCUGUGAUGCUGCAUCCUCACUGACAUUUUUAGUGAGCUAGCUAGAGUGGGUAUGUCUGCACAAGCUGCAAACCACAGCUGCAGCAUAGAUGGAGCCUUCAUGUUACAUAUUUUUUGCCAUUAACAACUUGUCUGUUUCCAAAAUACCAAGAGAUUAAACCAUAUUUAUGGACUAAAUUAUUUUUAGUAAAUUGUGGAGCAAUUUAAAACAGACUAACACAAAAUUUGAUUUAUGAUGACAGAUUAGGCCAGUAACUUAGCCUAUUGGGCAAGUCAGUCUCUCUGUACCUCAGUUCCCAGUCUGUAAAGUGGGGAUAAUAGAAUUUCUGUGCCUCAAAGGUGUUUUGUAAGGUGCUCAGAUACUAACAGUGAUGGGAGCCAUAUCAGUACCUUAGAUAGUAAAAUCUUAAGUUGCAUCCUGCCUCGUUCUUCAUGGCCAGAUAUCUGUAUUGAACAUUAGGUGGAGAAAAAGGAAAGUUGAGAGGGCCCCUUGUUAAAGGGAGGAAAAUAACAAGUGGCCAGUUGUGUACUGGUCAGUUUAAGCAGCGAAUGCAGUGGUGACUGUUCUCAGGGAUGGUUUUAAUAAAUUGUUGGAUGUCAGGAGACCUCUGAAUUGACUGAUAAGUAAUUUCAACUUAAUUAGUCUUGUUUUAAAAUAAUAAACCCUCAAGUUAGGACUGUGGAAGAACAGAAGAAUUUGUUCGAUCUAAAGUUAUGAAGUUUUUUCCAAUGGAGUACCUGUAGCAUAUUGCACUGCCACAUGGGAACCCUCUUUUAAUGGCAUUGAUCCAAGGAGUCCCAUGCUCUAGGCAAGUAAAAAUGGUACAAGCUGGCAUUUUGCUACAACAUGUUACCAGUGAGUGUCAUGAUGCUUAGCAGAACUUACCACAAUGUGGUCAUUGUGCAGACCAAAGUAACCCAAUUUUUCUUCAUGUAUACUGACUGGACAGUCAUGACCACUGUUGUCAGCUAACUUGUUUAGUUACAGCUGUGUUCAAACAUAUUAAAAGUUGAUAGUGUAGACUAGCCCCACCUGUGCUUGGUUUGGCUGAGUGCCUUUAUAGCUGAACCAUUUCAGUAGCCCUUUGCAGAGUGAGAUACGAGAUCACUUUGGCUCUUAAAAAGGGUGUUUCAAAAUCUGCAUGAGGAUGGGGUCAAAAUCUUGUAUGUUGAUCUCCAACUUGAAUCCCAUAAUUGAUGCACAGAAUUAGAAAGAAGAAGAAUUAGAUAACUGAAUUUCAGUUAUGCUCAAAUAAAUUGGUUAGUCUCUAAGGUGCCACAAGUACUCCUUUUCUUUUUGUGAAUUUCAUACUUAUUCUUUUUAAUAAUAAUUGUCAGCUUGACAGUCCUGGACACUGAAGUCAUUCAUCCUCCAAACAGGAACAGCAUGGACAGAGCAAGCUUCUGCAUCGUGCCCCAUUAAUGUUCCUGAGUUCUGCAGGGAUGAGAGUAGUGUAAUCCCCAUGAAUUCCUUGUUGCCUCUGUAGAUGCUGCCAAUCAGCCUUUGUGCCUCUAAUGUGAUGUUGUUUGGAAUCCACACUGAGGCCACUGAUUCAUUCUGCAUAUGCCCUCAAACGGCCAUAUCACUCACUGCCAAUCCAGCCAGUCCAUGUUUAAAAGAGUCACCUAGAAGUUAACAGGAUUCGUAUCACAUUAACUGUGCUGAGCCAUCCAGUCUUUCCAACUGAAUGUAAUACUGUAAUUUUAGAAAUACUGUUCUUAUAAAACCUGUUUGAUGCGGACAUUCAGCUGUUCACUGACAUCUCUGUACAAUGAAAACUGAUUAUAGCAAUGACCACAUCUCCGCAAUGUCGAAUAAAUUUACAUUUUUGUAAAUAUGCAGGUGUCCCUAAAUCCAGCAAUCUGUGCAUGACCUGGUGUUCAGUCAAAUUCAUUUUCCCUAGCAUUAUUCCCGGUCGGUUCACCAUUUUUAGGACUGCUAUCUACUCAGCCAAGAUUCCUAAUUUCAUUGCUAAUAAAUGUUGUAUACACUC